AUGCUUGGUGGAUACUCUUGCUAUUUGGAGACCAACGCGGUCAACUAUAAGGAAAAACUCCUUACCCAGCUUAACUAUACCCUACCAGGAGAAACAAGGACCUUCUCAAACAUCAUCACAAAGACACAAGCUCUUGCCAUUUGGAGACCAACGCGGUCAACUAUAAGGAAAAACUCCUUACCCAGCUUAAACUAUACCCUACCAGGAGAAACAAGGACCUUCUCAACAUCAUCACAAAGACACAAGAAGACUACACCUUUGCUGUUAGCUAUUAUGCCAAACAAAAAAGAAUCAGGUGCACAAGGCAGAAAGAGGAGAAAGAUAGAGCAGAAGCAGCAAGCUAAAAUAGCUGGAAGCCUUGACAGGCUUCUUGUGAACACAGCUGUAAGUACAUUAGGAUCACCAUCACCAGUAUCAUCACAAGAGCCUCACGAACAGGAACAAGUGCCUGUGGACAUUCCUAUUGUUACUUUAGAAACAGAAGAGACAGCUUUGUGUGAAGAUGCUCCUACUUCUUGUAUUUCUGCUCAGCCAAAUAUUAUACUAGAAAGAAUUGACCUCAAAGUCUUCACCGAUAUUGGCUAUUGGCCAGAUACUGUGGAUGAAACUUUGAAAACUGAACUUGUCAAGAGAGGAACAGUGGAACUACAGAAUAAGGAUGCAUUGUUUCCAAAAGAUAGUGAUGGCAGGUCUUUUUCUAAGGAAUGGUUCCACAUGAAUUUGGAGAAUGGCGAGACUAUGUUAAGGACAUGGUUAGUGUUUUCACCUAUGAAAUGUGCUGCAUAUUGCUUUCCUUGUAUGCUUUUCCAGAAGGCCAAAGGGAAAAGUUCAUUUGGAAAGUCUAAUGGAUUUAAAGCAUGGAGAAAACUAAACCCCAGGUUGCUAGAACAUGAGCGUAGUUUUUACCACCUUCGUGCAUUUACAAUGUGGAAAGAAUUUGAAAUGCGGCUACAAAAACAAGAAACUAUUGAUGCUGCUGCCCAGCUUGUACAACAGAGGUCAUUUGAAAAGUGGAGGGCAAUCCUAGUGAGAAUACUUGACUGUGUGCUAUAUCUAGCAAGGCAAUCCUUACCCUUACGUGGUCAUUCUGAAAAUAUAAGCAGUGAUGAUAAGUGUGGAAAUUUCCUAGAAACUUUCAAGCUACUAGCAAAAUAUGACCCAGUUGCCAAUCAGCACCUUCACAAAGUUCAGCAGGCACAUGGGUACUCUGUAUCCUACCUCUCUCCACAGAGCCAGAAUGAGUUCAUCAGCUUGCUUGGUGAUCAUGUUAGAACAGCCAUCUUGCAAAAAAUCACAAAGGCCAAGUAUUUUGCUAUCAUGUUUGAUAGCACUCCAGAUAUUUCUCACACUGACCAAAUGUCUCAAGUGAUUCGAUAUGUUCACAUUGAAGAUACUGAAGUCAACGUUCUCGAAUCAUUCAUUGAUUUUAUUCAGUUAUCUGGGAAAUCAGCAGAUAUUAUUACAAAACACAUUUGUGACAAGUUAACGACAGAUGGCCUUAAGCUGGAGCACUGCUAUGGCCAAGGAUACGACAACGCAGCAACUAUGGCUGGACACAUUACUGGAGUCCAGAAGCGCAUUUUGGAUAUCAAUCCCAAAGCAGUGUUUGUGCCAUGUAACAAUCACUCGCUCAAUCUUGCCGGUGUGCAUUCAGUUGGUGUUGGAACAAAGUCUAUAACUUUCUUUAGCACUGUAGAAAAAUUAUAUACUUUCUUCUCAAGCUCCACCCAUAGAUGGGAUGUUCUUAAGGAACAUGUACCAAUUAACUUAAAGCGAUCAUGUGACACAAGAUGGAGUUCAAAGCAUGAAGCUGUAUGUGUACUUGCUAAACACACUGAUAAAAUAAUAGAUGCUUUGGAAAUGCUGCGAGACAGGCCAGGAGAAAACUUUGAAACCAAAGGGGAUGCAGGAAGUCUAUUAGUUUGCAUUAUGACUUAUCCUUUUUUUUCAUUCUUGCAUUUUUGGAGUCCAGUAUUAAACGAAGUGAAUGAUGCUCAGCUCUACCUGCAGCAAAAAGGACUUGCCCUUGAUCAAUGUGUGCAAAAGCUGAAAGCACUGGUUUUAUUUUGCCAGGAAAAACGAGACAGUGUAGUGUUAGAGGCAACUGAGAAAGCUCUUCAAAUAUGUCAAAUGUACAACAUUUCUACAGAGAGAAGAGUUGGAAGACGUAAAAAGAUGCCUGGUGAGCUAAGUUGUGAUGCUGGCUUGACCUUAAUACAAGAAACAAGAAGAGAACAACUAGAAGCAAUUGAUCGUCUUAAAGCAGAAAUCACAAAACGCUCAACACAGAUGAAUAUGGUUCACCAGAGAUUUGCUUUCCUGCAUAUCCAGACUUUGCUAGAUAUUGAAAAAGAUGAUUUUAUCAUUGAACAAAUUGAGCACACAUGUGCUAAGUACACAGAGUUGAAUGCUGCAGUUAUGUUCAAUGAAAUAAAUCGCCUUCGGAAGCACAUUGUCUUGUAUAAGGAAGUCAACACCGAUGAGCAGCCUGCUAACUGGACAGCUUUAGAUUUGCUUCGAUGGGUGUACAAGUGGAAGCUGCAGGAGAGUUUGACUAACUUUGUUGUUGCAUUAAGAAUAUUUUUAACCAUCACUGUUUCAACUGCCAGUUGUGAAAGAAGUUUCUCCAAACUGAAAUUAAUCAGAACAUAUCUAAGAUCUACAAUGAGCCAGGAAAGACUGACUAACCUAGAAAUGCUUUCAAUCGAGCGAGAUUUCAAAAUAGAGUUUGAAACCGUAAUUGAAAAAUUUGCAAAAAUCAAAAGCAGGCGAUUUUAAAUUGAGGUUCUGGCCUGCUUCUUGUUUUACUUCUUGUUUUACUACAAACCAAUUCAGCGGCAGUUAAGAGUUUAUCUGUUAUCAGGAUGUUGCACAGUACAGCAGUGCCAUGAGGUUCUGGCCUGCUUCUUGUUUUACUUCUUGUUUUACUACAAACCAAUUCAGCGGCAGAUCAGAGUUUAUCUGUUAUCAGGAUGUUGCACAGUACAGCAGUGCCAUGACAGUAACUGGCAGUAGGAAUCUAAGCACAGAAGCUUUCUAUGGAUCAGGGAUUGUGUAGAGCUGUGUUCUGGACUCAUGGGAACAGACCAAGAUGAAACUGGAUAUCAGUGUCCAUUAUGUAUGGUAUGUAAAGCCAUAUGGAACCCUGUAUUUUAUAAAAUCCUGCAAUAAAUUGCGGUAUAUGUCUCUUUUAUAGUAUUAGUGGUAAUAUUGGUCUUGGUAUGCCUGUGGGGCGUCAUUCUAUAAAAAGGCGCAUGC